AAGGGGCAAAUGGCUCCCAACGGCUCCAGUGGCUCAGGAGGGGUUUGGGAGCUGGAUGUACAGCCCGCAACACGGCAAAAGCCGGAGCAAAUGCGAGAUGAUCAGUGCCCCCCUCUUUUCCAAGCCCCACAGCAAGGAGGAAAACCUCAGCGCACCGUCCAAAAUAAAAGAGAACCAAACCUCACCGGUGUCUGUCAGAGGUGCUGUUACAAUGAGCGAGAAUAUCCAGGCAUUAAGGGAGGCUCUGGAACGACAAACAAAAGAGGCUCUGAAACUCCAUGAAGAAACCACCAGAUUCCCAGUGGAAUCAACAAUACAUUAUUUGAGUCAUGAGGAAUCUUUACCAAGUGGCAGUAGGCCUUCCAUGGGUGCUGCUAGCCCAUUUCUCAGCAACCAGAAUGUUUUAGCUUCUCCCAUUCUCAGCACAGUGAUGGAAAACUCGGCCUCUUUUAAUACUGGUAGCAGUCCACAUGAUAGUGUCUUCUGUUCCAAAUAUGAAAUACAUACUGAUUCUGAGGAGAAAACUCUAAAUGAUGCUGGUGAAGAACACGUGGAAAACAUUCUGGAAGAAUACUCAUGGAAAGGUAGACAUGUGCAGAAGAGGCUGAAUGAAACCACUGAGCUACAUGAGCAACAGAAAAUCAAUUUAAGACUGAUCAUUGCUGAUUUGCAGACCAAACUGAUGGAAGUGCAGUUGCAAAGAGAUGCACUUCAGGAUACUAGACAAAAGGAAUCCCAGAGCCAGGAGAAUGUAAAAAUACAGCUAAAAAAGACUAUUCAAGAGCUGGAAGCUGCCAACCAGCUGCUGGAGGAGAUGCUGAGGGAGGCUGACAGCCAAACUGAGCAUCUGAAAAAGAUGGUCCACAGCCAUGAGGAAGUACUUCUGGAACUACGUGGCAUCCUAAGGAACUACGAAGGCAGCACAGGCAAGAAACUCUAUGAGCAUGAGAAUAUUACUAGCCUAUACAUCCAGAACCUGAGCACAGCCUUUGCUGACAUCCUGCAAGAUUUAGACUCAGAGGUGUCAUACCUCAAAGAAAAGGUUGUCCUGGUCAAAGAAGAACUUGAAUCACUGAAAAAAGAUUCACAGACCCAAAAACAACUUCUGCUUCAGCAACAUCAAAAUAGAGAACAAACAAGAAACCAAAAUUCAGUGCAUGCACAUCAAGUCAGUCACCUGGAAUCUACAGUUUCUCAGCUGUGUCCUGAAUUACGAGAAGCUAAGAGGAUAUAUGAAGACAAGGUUGAAGAUCUUGAGAAGCAGUUGCACCUAGCUCAUUCUGAGAUAGCAGAAGCCCAGACAGAACAGAAUCAGCACGGCCAAGAAUUUGGAAGUCUGAAUGGCCAGAUUCAUCAAUUGUUGACUGAACUUCAUAAAAAAGAGAUAGAACUAAGUCUAGAAAAAGAGCAGAACAAGUGGUUUUGGGAUCGGAACACAGACAACGGCAUCACCGUUGACCUUAGAAGGAGAGAACUAGACAACAAAAACAUGCAAUUGCAGCUCAUGGAAAACACAGUGAAGGAAAUGAGGACUGAAUGUCACAGGCAAAUGGAGCACCAGAUGGCUGCAAUUAGAGAAAAAAAUGAAAGCAUUAGAAGAAUCUCCUCUUUGACUGUCCAACUGGAGUCAACCAAGGAAACACUUUGUAAAGUUAAGGAAGAUCUUACAGCCAAACAGAUUGAUGUGGAGACUGCUGAGAAGACAGUGUCAAAUCUGACAGCCUGUCUGCAGGAGAAAGAGAGAACCCUUGAGAUUACCAAUAAGGAAAUCAAGAAACUACAUUCGCAACGUGGCGAUAGGAUGCAGGAGCUCCAGGAUCUAAAGAAUGAAGAGGACCAUUUACACAGUGUGCAGUCAACAUGUGAAACACUAAAACUACAGAUGUUAGAGAGGGAAAGAAUUGUUGAGAUUUUCCAAAAACAAAUUGAUAACAUGACCCAGAUUGUGGGUCAGCACAAUCGAACUGCUGGAGCAAUGGAAGUUGAGAAGUCUCAGCUUAUAAAAGAAAUAAAUGACUGGAAAUUCAAAGUAGAAGAAUUUAAGAUUGCAAAGGAUGAGAAAGAAGCCAGAAUACAUGAAAUGGAGGCCAGACUGAGUGAGCUGGAACUGGAAAAGGUUAAACUGGUUAAGACAUGCACUGAGAGGCUCCAUGCACUUAAUGAUAUGAAACUGGAAAAAGAUAAGCUAAUGAAUGAACUUCAAGCCAGUCAGAGUGAGCUAGCUGGCCUUGCAGAGGGAUUUGAAGAUUUGAAGAGAGAUUACCAGGAUAAAGUCAAGGAGAUGGAAAAUACUGCAAACAGACUGAAAAUGCAGUUGAAAUCUGCCCAAGCUGAACUGGAACAGACCAGGACUGCUCUAAAGAAUAUGGAGGGAUCGGAUGCCAUGAAAGUUGCAGUGGGAAUGCAGAAGCUGAUCACAGCCAAGAGAGAACAGAUAGACGCAUUACAGAGCAAGAUUAAAUUCUUGGAAGAGGCAAUGACAAAUGCAGCUAAGGAGAAGCAUUACCUCAAAGAAGAAAAUAAUAAACUAAGUCAAGACUUGAGCUGUAUUACAGCAGAAAAUACCAAGAUUUCUGGGGAACUGGACAUCCUGAGAUCACAAGACAAACGUCUGAAAGAAAAAAUAUCUAGGAUGGAGACUGCCCUUGAUAAGGCAUCCAUGCAAUUUGCAGAAUGUCAGUGCAUAAUCCAGUGUCAGGAACAAGAAGCUAUGCGUGUCAGACUGCAGCAUACUUUAGAUGUAAAAGAGCUGCAGGGCCCAGGCUACUCAUCAGCUUCUGCUUCAGGAAAGCUUCAGCAUGUAGUGCCCCUCUCCCACCUGCACUCUGCUAUUGUGCCACCUUCCCUGAACUUGGCCAGCUGUGCCCCUCAUAUGCCUUCCAAGCCAGGCAUUUUGAAGGAAAAAACAUUGCAGGGUCUAAAGAGGAUUCCUCAAGAAAUAAAAAGUUCAGACUAUGACAUUCCUUCUGUGGAUCUUGGUAAAGAUGACAGAAAUGGUGGGAGGAAAUCACCUUUAGCAACCAUGAGGAAAAAAGUAGAUGGUGCAAGUAGAGGAUGUGCUGCUGCCUUUGGCCUACGAUCUAAUCCUUGCAAGAGGGAUCCUUCAUGCUUACAUACUGCAGAUCUUCAAUCCCAAGACAUUAUCCUGCCCUUUACAUCACUUGGAGGUCCAUCCAUCUUCUCAGCAUCUCCUUGUUCUGUAUCCUCCCCCAAGAAGGUCUCUCAGGCGGAUAGAUACAGAGAAAGGUCUCCAGUACACUUGCUAUUAACUGCCCCACCUGAUGACCUUGCAGCUGGUCCCAGCGCCUCACCAGAGCACAGGCCGUCCACAAGGAAGGUUGGCUCUCCAGAGGGUGCAGCUGUGGUCCCCCAGAUAACUUCUCAGCUCAUGGAAACUAGUGAGACUACACCUAGGAGGCUACAGAACAAGAUGGAAAGCCUGCAAAACCUGAUGGAAUCAUUACAGAUAAAAAAACAAGCCAUAUCAUCAGUGAACAGAACUCAGGACAUGAAGACAGGGAAAGCAAAAGAAAAGGAGAAAAAGCUAUCAAAGGGAAGACGCUGCAUACUUUAGUGAUUACUUUCACGUGGAUGUCGGAGGACUGUUAGGCAAAUCUUGACCACAGCAGGACACCGCAGAUGGCAGCCAAGUCCCUAAGAGAGAAAACCUAAUACUAGUCUAAUAUUUUUGAGUGGAUCAUGUGGAGAGACUCCAAACAGUAAGUUUAACUCCCAGAGAGAAUGUGGGAUGGGCAUGGUUUUUUGCAAAGGCACCUGCAAAGUGAAUAGGAAGCAAAUGAGUUGCAAUGCAAGCUUCUGCAUGUGACUUUAAACUGGCUUAUGCCCAGUACCCAUCCCAGCCUUAGGCUGUCUGCUCAGCUCACUAUCCAAGUGCAGCAUUUAGCAUUUGUACACCAAACUGCUUCACAAGUAGGAGUAGAUUGCAGUUCAUCUAAAAGUAAUCAAAUUAUCUAAUUUGUCAGAAGUUUGUUGUCGGCAGUAUGAGCAGGUGAACUUAAAUGGUAGAUCUUUGGUUGAAGUCAUUCUGGCUUUGCCAAGCUGUGUGAGACAGUUUAUUAUUUGCUUUUAGAUAUCCCAAGCCACUGGCUGAAAGGCUGUUAGAACCACAUAGGAAUGUCAACAAGAACUUGUUUCUCACAUGUAGCUUCACUAGUCUCACAGACAGGACAUUGUAUUAGACAGGUAUCAGCCCAUUCUAGCAUAAUGGUUUUUAUACAGCAAGGCAACUUUGUUUAAAUCUACCUUCAUGCUUGAGUGAAUAGAUUGUUCAAUAAUGAGAAAUCACCUCUGUAAACUUGGGGAAAAUAGUAAUCGGAUCCUCCAGUAAUACAAAAAUCCAGAGUUCUUUCACCAUUCAAAUAACAUUUAAUUUACAGAGCACAGGCCCUCCUGUGCAGGCAGCAAUGUGAAUGGCAGAAUAAUUUAGAGGUUACAACAAAAGUGCAGUGCACGUCGUUGUAGAAACCUUGCCUGAUCAGUCAGCAAGAUGAUGCAAUCAUGACAACUAUAUAUGCAUUGUCUGUGGGAUCAAAGUGCAGGGUGUUUAAUUAAAAAGAAAAUUGUUCUCAAUCUGAGAGACUUCUCAGGGUUAGUCUGAAACAUGUUCAUCACUGCAUUAGAGAAUCUAUUCUAGUGUAGGUUAAGUGGCUUGCUUAAUCUGAUACCACAGUUAAUCUUCUCAGACAAGCCUCCAGUGUCUGUAUAAAUACACUCAAAUAGCAGUGGCUGUUGAACUGCUUUUUAAGUUGAUAAUAUCUCACUAUUCGAGGAGCUUGCAUUAAUGGGAAAAAGAACUGUAAACAGCUUGAAAUAACAUGUUUUGCUUUGACUUCAUGUUUUUUUCAAGAUCAACUUCUUUUUCAACUGUCCCUCUGUAUAUUAGGGAUAUUGUUCCCUUAAAUUUAUAGUUAGAAGAGCUUAGUGCAAAAAAUGUAAUCAAGGUACCAAGCCAUUAGUUCCGGCACAGUUUUACCUAUUCAGUUAAUGCUCUAAGUUACUGAUGAAGCCCACACAAAUGUUUGUGUACUCAGUGGUGGUGCACAUGGACAGAAUUUAAGAGCUUUCUCUUUAUAUACAGUAAGCAUAACUAAACAGUAGAAAUAUUUGUUACAGUAAAGCUGUAGCCCCUAAAAUGAAAUGAGCCUCAUGUUAAUACUUAUUUUUCAACCCAGGGCAUGCUAACUAUGCCCUAUUUUCCUUUUAAGUUCAUGUAGUAAGUACCUUAAGUCCCAUAUUAGUUUCCUGUUGAGAAAGUUGAGGACUAGUGUGUGCAUAUGUGCAUGUGUUUAAGACCACUGAAGCAGCUUCAACCACCGGCUGAAUUGUCAGCUCCAUCCUCUCCCUUUUGAAUCAGUUGCCAGAAAUGAUACUACAUUCCUUCCAGACCUGCAGUACUUCUCAUGCAGUAGUUACAGAGGUACUUUUCAUCUUGAACAAGCAGUUACCAACAAGCUUACAGUCAGUCUUGAGUUCAGCUCCCACCCACAUUUCCUACCUUGUUCUCUUCUAUAAAAGGUCUCUUGAAGGAAAUAAAAUUUAUUCACCUGGAUCUGCAAGUUGCUUGAGACAACCAGAGAGCAAAGCUAGUAUCUGCAGAAGUAACUGACCGACAGAACAAGUUGAUCUACCAUGUAGCAACAGCUGGGAGGGGCUUGUUUUACUGAGAACAAGAAAACUCCAACUUGCCAAUGAAGUUGUUCAUUUGCAUUAGUCUCUCUCCCUCUUCACUCUUCCCCCUCAAAGAUUUUCUGUAGCUGUUUUGUGGCUAUGCCUGCAUGAGCAGGCAGACCAGCCUACUCUCAAUGGAUUUCUUCCAUGGAACAGCUGGUACUGAAGUCCCAGUAACAUUUCAGACACUUGUUCUUCACAGCAGCUCUCAUAUUGUCCCCCCAACUGGAUGUCCAUUAAGCAUUAGAUGCAGGAGGUAAGUGUCUGAAGCUCAUCUGCCAGUCUAUCACCCAAAUCCAUUCUAUUUCAGAUAUUCAGACUGUUCCACCAUGCAAUGCAGGAAAGAAUUAGAGGCAAUUAGAUCAACAAUGUGAUAUUCAAGUAAAUGUUCUAAACUAAAGUGCUAAUUUAUGACCUUCCAGAACUCCUACAGAACUAUGCUCUUCAGACCACAGGGAAGUGAUAUUUGAAAGCUAGAGCUAGGUUCCUCAUGGAACAAAGAGCUUGCUCAAGUGGCAUCAUGUAUUUGUAAACAAAAAUACAAAACACAGGUAAGCAGAGCAGCUUGGUGCUUCUGUCAUAUAAAAAAUAUCAACUGGUUAAAGCUAGAAGUAUUCUGCUUUACCUGGUUUACUAUAAGGCCACAACUUCAAAUAAAUUUGUGUUGAAAAGCCUAGUAUUGAAAAAAGCAUACAAGUUUAAGCUAAGUAGUUGCUAGCAAUACUGUGGUAUUGUUCCUAGGUAGGCAGUAUAUGCCACCUAACAAUUUCAGGAAGAAUCCUAUUCCCUAGCCAUCACAGCAGUCCAGGUUUUUUUAAAAGCCUGCUCCCGCCCUGACAAAGUAAUUCAUUAAGCCCAGUCAGUCCUUUCUGACCUUUGCUCUCCUCUCAGCAGGAUGAUCUGACUAUAAGGAACUUAUCUGCCAAGCUUCCACUUGAGCUGAGGUGCUUCCUGAAGAGCAGGGAGUAGAGAAUGAAGUACCUUGG